UUACACUAGUGAAAGGUGGAUGAUUUUAAGGCACUUCAGUUGGGUUGUGUUGCUAUUAUUUUGCUGCAAGGACGUAUAGCCUGCUGUGUUUUUUUUUUGAAAGUGGGGAACCUUUAACAAAUUCCUGUGAAUUUUUUUUGGGGGGGAAACAAUGACUUCAUUUGGUGCGCCGACAGAAUGCAGCACCGGUCCUUUGUAUUUCUUUGACCAGCCAACAAGACGAAACCGAAUUAAAGGGACAAGGAGCAACAUUUUGCAUUUUAAUGUUGCAAAUGAGGGAGCGCAGUUGGAACAAACAGUACAAAGUAAUCCAGAGAAUGACAACAAAGAAGGUAAAAGUGAUGAGCUCACACAGGGGCUUCCAGGUGAAACAUGUGGGGAUGGUAAACCUGAUACCUCCUCUGCUGUCAGUGGUGCACUGAACAUGAGGGACCACGAUCCGAUGGACGCAUACAAGCGAGCAGCCCCUCAGUUAUUAAAUGAGUUGGCUCGCAUACUUUCCCAACAUAAGUGGACCGAGGAGGAGUGUCUUCCACACGGGAUUGUAAAUAUUCUGAAUUACUCCUGGCAGGAUCUGACUGCAGGGGCGGUGCACUUGAAAAGUCCGGAAAGGACUGACAAACGACGAAAGUCCAAAGGAACCCUGAAGUUGGACGAAACUCCCCGUCAGGUGUCCGCCAAUGACAAGAAGGAGACUGGAGAAAGAAACGCAUUUGUUGGAGGACAUGUUGGUCCCCCUGAGAGAAAAACACGCAUGAAAAAGCGCAAAUCAAACUACAAUAGAGCUCACACUUCCACAACCAUCAGUUUCUCCAUCUCAUCCAGCAGCUGUAAAGAUCCAGGUUGGAUCAUUCAGCCAAAGCAGCCCUCAUGUGACGCACCUCAGAGGAUGAAUUUGUGUCAGUGGGUGGUCGAGCGACUGCAGGCGGCAAGAAAUCCAGUAAAACUGGAAACAGCUGAACAGGACCUGAACAAACCACUCAUACUCCGUCACUAUGGUGACGCAAAGGCAAAAUUGAAGGACAAGAGAACGAGGAGUAAACCUGCCACUCUAGUUAACGGGAUGCCCCAGAUACCAGAGCUGAAGCAGCAGGAUCCAGCAUGCAAGAAACUACACUACAGAAUCAAUGACGGUUCUUCAUUCAUAUACUACCCAUCUGGUUAUAUGGCAGUGUGCCAGAGCCACUCAGGUCUACCCUGCGGAGGCUUAUACACCAAUGUGUUCAGUGACAGUGAAUGUCCCGUUAUUCUGGCUACUAUCACAGCGUUUGGGCACGGGGCUGUAACGCACCCUCUGAGCUCCGCCAUUACAGCAUUGUGGGACCAGGAUGGUGGAUUCAUUUGUGACCAUUAUGGGAGCAUAACUAAGGAGUGGAGCUGGCAGGCAGACCGUGCACUGAGAGAGAAGAUUGUUAUACACCUGUCAGAUCUGAUCACUGUGCAGUUGCUCAGUGGCACUUCUGCCAUGCUCAGCUUUAGGUGUGACAAUGAAAGUGUUCAACUCCCUCUCUCCGCUCUGUCUAACAUGAAUCCAUCAAAGGAAACGACUUGUUUGCAGACAGAUGGGAGGUUCACCUCUGAUACUGCUCAAGACCUUCUGCAGGCAAGGAAGGUGAAAUCCCCUGUUGUGGUCAUAGAAAGCAGGAAGAACCUGACACUAACACCUGUGUCUGUGUGCUCCUGGGAGGUCCUCCAGAUGGACAGAGAGCUGGAGGGGCUGGAGGGGCCGUCAGCACAGUGGAGAAGAGGAGGGCAUGCUGGCAGGGAGCUGAAGAGACUUCAGCAGAGGGCAAGAAACGUCCUGGAUGACUGGUUGGACUAUUAUCGUGUGGCUAUUGGUAUCAAGUGUCCUAACACGAAGCGGAUGCCAGAUGCCCCACUGAGGACCAGGCUGAGGAGGGAGGUACAGUCAGCUGCUCUGCCCUCUCUGAACCCACCUGAGCGUGCAGAUGCUGAGCCAGUCCAGCCAGAGGAGAGCAGGAAUGAGUUACAGGAGCUGCACAGACACCUGUCAGCACCAGCAGAGAUACCACUGGACUCCUCAGUCAAGCUGCCAAGGACACCUAAAAAGCAAACAAAGGAAGAGUCCCGUGUCACACAGAUUGGACCACUUCAAAUUCAUGGCAACAUCAAACUGGAGUCAGUGAUUAUUCCAAACAAUCCAGAGUUGUCUGGACUAUCCGUUGUCACCUGCUGUCCAGCUCAGUCGUCGUUCACCCCCUCCAUCCCCCUCACAGUGUGCCCUCCUCUGCUGAGAGCUGCCAUACUGGGGGAGGGGGGGCGGAGGCGGUGCUGCUGCAGCACUACAGUGAUGCCAGUGGUGACAGACCUGGAGUACGAUGCCUUUGUUAUGGGCCAGCCUCCACACAGUCAACAGAUCCUGGUGGUGUGUGUGACUCCACCACGCCAGCCUAUCAACACACACUCAGCGCCUGACCAAGAUGCACUGGAGCAACUUUACAGGAGGAGGAACAAGCACAGAACCAUGCCCUGCACCCAGUGCCAGAUGGACUCAUUUCGCCUGGUGAGAUAUGAGAUGUCAACAGGGAAGAGCAGCUGUGGAGUCGAGAACCUCCUGCUGCAGCAUCGGCACAAUGCUGCUCCUGGGAUGAUCCUGAUGUACAUCAGAGGGAAGUUGCUGUUUGUUGGCUACAUAUUCAGUAGUCAGAGCUGCUCAGUCAGGGACCUUCAAAAGCAAAUCUCCAGAACCAGGGGAGACUACAGAUUAGGUCUGAGCCUCCCUUCAGACUACAAGUUCAGUGAUACAGUGAAUAAACCUUCAGCCACAGAUUCACACAACUCACAGGAUGCAACACUAACCGGAGGUGAUGACACAACAUUGACUGCUUCAGUGGAAAUAGAAAAGGCCAAUGAUACAAGAAACAAUCAAGUGCCUGAGCUAUCACACCAACGACAGAGGGACUUUUGUGUCAAACCAAAAAAGACACCUGUAUUUCCUCAUGUUCCUGUUAUCAUGCACUGAAUAUGUUGUCGUGACUGGAUUUUAUCUGCAUCAGUCCACUUGUGUUCAUUAAAAAAAACCCAAAGUCUCCAAAGUGCAUCAAAUGUGGGUUAAUACUCAGGUUAAUGUGCAAUAAAAUUGCAGACACCUUGUUUGCUUACGCUGCAGGUUGGCACCAGUUAUUAGUCCAAUAACUGAGAUGGAAAAUGCUUUUUAACUUCUGGCAGUAGGAAGCACUCUGGGCAUCAGGUCAAAAGAUCCAUCAUCAAAGAUAAUCAGUGACUGCUGAUGUUUCGGUGUUCUCUGGACAAUGGACUCUUACAUGAAUAAGAGAAACCCUGGGAAAUAUCUGUAUUAAUUGCAAUAUUUUACAGUAAAUAUAAGCAGAUUUAAUAAAAACACUAAACUAUC